AUGCCACCUCUAUUAUCCUUAUCAUCGCCUCUAAAUGAAACUAUUUAUUCAUUAAAUCAAACAUCAAUUGAUUUACGCAAAGCUAUUAUGGAGAACAUGAUAAAAAAUCCAGAAAUGUUUUCAGGGGGAAAAGAGGAUGUACAUAAAUGGCUAGAAGAUUUAGAAACACAGUUUGAUACGGCUGAUAUACCAGAUAAUAAUAAAUUCAGUAUUAUAUCCUAUCAAUUAAAGGGUGAAGCCUUAUCAUGGUUUAAAGAUAAUAAGCAGAACAUAUUAACAUGGAAAAAUUUUGUUGACGAAAUAAAAAAUGCUUUCACCUCUUCAUUUGAAGCUGAGUUAUCAUUUAAAAAAUUAGAAUCAUAUUAUCAAGGUCAAAAUCAAUCAAUCAGAAAUUAUUAUACAGAAAUGAAUAAAAUAUUUAAAGAAGCUGAUUCAACAAUGAGUGAAGCUUCCAAAUUGAAAUAUUUAAUGGCAAAAAUGAAAGCCAGUUUACAAUUUGAAGUACGAAAGAAAAAACCACUCUCAGUAACACAGUUUCUUGAAUAUGCUCGAGAAGUAGAAGCACUUAUUGAAUUAUCAAAUAAUACCAAUUACACUCAACCUACUUCUACUGAAUCUUCAACAAUAACAAUACCAACUCGACCCUACAAUGAUUCUCAUCCAACAUUAUCACAUACAUUUCGUUCACAUCCAAAUUCAAGACGUUUCUUUAAUAACAAUGAUUAUAAUUCUCGUUUUUCUCAAAGACCGUCCAUGACUUGGUCUUCAAUGUCACAAACACAACAGACUCCAAGAUUUUCACAUCCAAAUUUACAUUUCAAUCAACAAUCUCAACCACCAUCUUCAUAUUAUCAUAAUUCUAGUAACCAGUCACGAAAUGAUCAAAAAAAUAAUACUCCACAACGAGAACAGUAUUCGAUUAAUACUCAGCAACGCAGUAAUCAACAAAGAAACACAGUUGCUGCUGUAAAUAAUCAUGAAUCCCUGCCAACAAUUACGUGUACUCAUUGUGGAAAAACGGGACAUUUGGCUUCUGCCUGUCCCCGUUUCUAG